GGACCUGAUGGCAGAGUCUGAGACCCCUCCAGAGCCGCAGCUGGAGGAAGCUGGAGCUUCCUCAGCCCCACAGGGAGCAGCUGCAGGCGCUGCUCCAUGCCCCGACCCUUUGUGCAGCCCCUUAGACCCAGCGGGGUCCCACGGGGACAGCCCAGACACCUGCCAGGAGCUGCAGGCAGACGGCAGGGAUGCUUCCCUGGAGCUAAACAUGCCACGGUGCCUGCUGGAUGAGGAUGAGAUCAGGGCUGGGAUCCCCCUGGAUGAGGAUGUGGCAGGAAUCCCACUGGACGUGGACACAGAUGGGGUAGGGAUGCCACUGGAUGGGGAUGGGGCGGGCAUCCCGCUGGACGUGGAUGCAGCCGAUGCAGGCGCAGAGCGGGAGGGGAUCCCGUUGGACAUGGAGGCAGAGGGGUCAAGCAGUCCCCCAGAUGCGGUUAGUGUGGAGCAUCAGUGCCUGACCCUCGAGGAGCUGGGGGAUUACUUCCAAGAGUGCAUCGAAGCCGUCGAGCAGUUGGAGAAAGAGAGAGACAGCCUGAUCGAGGAGCUGGCCCAGCUCCGGGAGCCGGCACUGCAGGAGAUCCGCCACCACGCUGCUUACCGGGGCGAGCUGGAGAGCCAGGCUGGGCAGCUCUCCGGUGAACUCUCCCGGCUGAAGGAGACUUGCGAGAAAGAGAAGGAGGUUUUGAGGCAACGGUUGGAGGCUCCGCCAUGUCGCCAGGAUAACCUGUACCUGCAGGAGAGCCGCCGGCUCUCCGUGGAGUUCGAGAGCUUCGUGGCCGAGAGCCGGCGGGGUCUGGAGGAGCACUACGAGCCCCAACUGCUGCGGCUGGCGGGGGGGAGGCGGGCGGGGCUGCAGCAGAUGCAGGGGGAGAUCCAGGGGAUGAAGGAAGCCCUGCGGCCCUUGCAGGGGGAGGUCAGCCGGCUGCGGCUGCAGAACCGGAGCCUGGAAGAGCAGAUCGUCCUCAUCAAGCAGAAGCGGGAUGAAGAGGUCGGCCAGUACCGGGAACAGGUUGAGGAGCUGGAAGACAGGCUGAAGGAGCUCAAGAACGGGGUCCAGCUCCAGCAGCGCAAGAAUCAGGAACUGGAGGAGCUGAGGACCAGCCUCCACCGGGAGCUCUCCAUCUACAAGAGCUGUUUAGAAAUGUACGGACACCUUUGCAAAUCAGAAGAAAAAGCAGAAGAGGACUGUUAG